UCUUUCAUGAUUAAACCAAUUCAGUUAUAGGAGAUUCGAUUCAGUUUUCAGUUCAAUAAUCAGUCAUAAACUACACCUUGAUUAAGAAUCACAGACUUGUGAUAAUCUAUUUUUUAUUCCAACAAUUUAAUCAAUUUCUUUCAAUUCUAAUAAUCUCAAGUAGAAAGGAAAAAAAGUUAAAUCAUUUGUUUUCGCCUCUUAAUUGUUACAAUCUAAUACAUUUCCAACAAGUAGUUAUGGUUUACCAUCAGCAAUCCAGAGGAAUGAUUAAAACAACCACAAUCACAAUUGUUGCUUUGGUAGCGUUAAUUAAAAUUGUCUCAUCAACGGUUAAUAGUAAUAAUUUGCUUGAAUCAAAUGAUUUACCAACAAUUAACCAACGUCGGCCAUUCGUUGAUCAGGAAAGUAAUAAAUUGUACCGUUACAUUAUGGAUCGAUUUGCCCCAUUCACGUUCACCCGAACACCUCCCUUGGAUGAAUCAACAAUUAGCUUGGCUGAUUUCUUACGGAAGGAAAAUCGAUUCAAGAAAAUGUAUAACAACAAUUACGAUGAUUUGAUUCCAAUUCCAAGUGAUCAUUACAAUAAGAAAGAUAAUUCUGUUUACAAAGAUGCUUUUAUCGGUGUAAGAGGGUGAUGAUUAACUUUAAUUGUUGGUCAGAAUUAACUUACAAUUUCAUUGAUAAAUGUACAUUAAUAAAUUCACAAUAAAUUGUUGAUUGUGGUAAUCAAAUUGAACAGAGAAAUAAUUAAAUCGACCAUUUGUUUUCCUUCAUUUUUUGAUUCCUUUUCAUUUGUCUCAUCUAAAUUAUCAUCAUUAUUGUAACAAUCGAGUUUUUUUUUGAUUUAAUGAAAGAUUCAAAUUUAAAUUGUGAUGAAUCAAUUGAUUAUGAUUUAACUAAUUAUUAUAUUGUGUUCAUUUCAUCAAAU